UGUCGGUUCUUUUUACUCCUCCUCCUCUCUCUCUCUCUCUCUCUCUCUCUCUCUCAAGGUUCUUCUCCAUCACCCAUCUCUCCCUGCACCUCUUGGGGCCACUAACCAUCACUGGACCUCCUCGCUUCAGCAGCCGGCGGAUUUGAAAAUUCUCGAGGUUCGGCCAUAGUAGAACCAAAGGUGUGAACAGUAAAGUAAAUGGCUGAGGGAGAUGAGGACUUGCCAAGGGAUGCUCAGAUUGUGAAGUCACUGCUGAAAUCUAUGGGUGUUGAGGACUAUGAACCUCGUGUUAUACACCAAUUUCUGGAACUGUGGUAUCGAUAUGUAGUUGAUAUAUUGACAGAUUCACAGGUCUACUCCGAGCAUGCUGGAAAGGCUGCAAUAGACUGUGAUGAUGUCAAGCUUGCCAUUCAGUCAAAAGUCAAUCUUAGCUUCUCCCAACCACCACCAAGAGAGGUCCUACUAGAGCUGGCUCGAAACCGGAACAAAAUACCAUUGCCAAGGUCAAUAGCUGGCCCUGGUAUUCCUCUCCCGCCUGAACAGGACACGCUGCUCAGCCCCAACUACCAACUUGCAAUCCCAAAGAAGCAACCUUCCCCUGCAGUUGAAGAAACCGAGGAGGACGAAGAGGGUGCUGAUCCCAACCUCUCACAAGAACAGAAGACAGAUAUGCCGCAGCAUACUCCUCAAAGAGUGUCCUUUCCUCUCACAAAACGUCCCAAGUGAAAACUUUUUGAACUGUACAAGAGCAAUUAGAUCUAUUGGUCUUAAGCAAUAGUAAAAACAUCAACAUGUCCACUAUAAUGCUGAUUUCUAUUGGAAUGAAGUAUGACAAAAUAAUUUGUUUCAUCCA